CUCCCGGCUUCCCUGCUUCCUUGAUUUGAGGUUUGUCGGAGGAAGGGGGCGGCCAGCGUGAAGAAUCCGCGCCAACCGGCCCUCCGGGACUCUCCUGUUGACCUCUGCGCGCCGUACCCGCCGCCGCUGCUGGUUGGAGCAUUUGACAUUGUGCAGCAAAGAAAUGGUUAUGGAGAAGCCCAGUCCGCUACUUGUAGGGCGGGAGUUUGUGAGGCAGUAUUAUACUUUGCUGAAUAAAGCUCCAGAAUAUUUGCACAGGUUUUAUGGCAGAAAUUCUUCUUAUGUUCAUGGAGGAGUUGAUGCUAGUGGAAAGCCCCAGGAGGCUGUUUAUGGCCAAAAUGACAUACACCACAAAGUAUUAUCUCUGAACUUCAGUGAAUGUCAUACUAAAAUUCGUCAUGUGGACGCUCAUGCAACCUUGAGUGAUGGAGUUGUUGUCCAGGUCAUGGGUUUGCUGUCUAACAGCGGACAGCCAGAGAGAAAGUUUAUGCAGACCUUUGUUCUGGCUCCGGAAGGAUCUGUUCCGAAUAAGUUUUAUGUUCACAAUGAUAUGUUUCGCUAUGAAGAUGAAGUAUUUGGUGAUUCUGAACCAGAACUUGAUGAAGAAUCAGAAGAUGAAGUAGAAGAGGAACAAGAAGAAAGACAGCCAUCUCCAGAACCUGUGCAAGAAAAUGCUAACAGUGGUUACUAUGAAGCUCAUUCUGUGACUAAUGGCAUAGAGGAACCUUUGGAAGAAUCUGCUCAUGAACCUGAACCUGAGCCAGAGUGUGAAACAAAAACUGAAGAAUUGAAGCCACAAGUGGAAGAAAAGAAUUUAGAAGAAUUAGAGGAGAAGUCUACUUCUCCUCCUCCUGCUGAACCUGUUUCUUUGCCACAAGAACCACCAAAGGCUUUCUCCUGGGCUUCAGUGACCAGUAAAAACCUGCCUCCUAGUGGUACUGUUUCUUCCUCUGGAAUUCCACCCCAUGUUAAAGCACCAGUCUCACAGCCAAGAGUUGAAACUAAACCAGAAGUUCAGUCUCAACCACCUCGUGUGCGUGAACAACGACCUAGAGAACGACCUGGUUUCCCUCCUAGAGGACCAAGACCAGGCCGAGGAGAUAUAGAACAGAAUGAAUCUGACAACCGUAGAAUAAUUCGAUAUCCAGACAGUCAUCAACUGUUUGUUGGUAAUUUGCCACACGAUAUUGAUGAAAAUGAAUUGAAAGAAUUUUUCAUGAGUUUUGGAAACGUUGUGGAACUUCGCAUCAAUACCAAGGGUGUUGGGGGAAAACUUCCAAAUUUUGGUUUUGUGGUUUUUGAUGACUCUGAACCAGUUCAGAGAAUCUUAAUUGCAAAACCAAUUAUGUUUCGAGGGGAGGUUCGUUUAAAUGUUGAAGAGAAAAAAACAAGAGCUGCAAGAGAACGAGAAACCAGAGGUGGUGGUGAUGACCGCAGAGAUAUUAGGCGCAAUGACCGAGGUCCAGGUGGCCCACGUGGAAUAGUAGGUGGUGGAAUGAUGCGUGACCGGGAUGGAAGAGGACCUCCUCCAAGAGGUGGCAUGGCCCAGAAGCUUGGCUCUGGAAGAGGAACUGGACAGAUGGAAGGCCGCUUCACAGGACAGCGUCGCUGAAGCUCCACUGUUGGCAAAGUCUUGGCAGUGGUACAUUAUUCAUCGUGUUUGCAUUCUUGUUAAUUUUUAUUUUUAUUUUUUUGGCUUUGGAAUGUGACACAGCCUUUUUGAUCAUUUCUUUGAUGUGAAAAAGCAUCUUUGGUUAUCGGUUAAAUUGAGGUGGACAUUAUUUCCCCAGUUUCUCAACAGGAUUCACAUUAAUUUAUAAAUCUAGACUUGGAGAAUUAAGGACUGAGAAAUGACCAUAUCUUAAAACUAUCUACAACAAAAUGAACUUAAAAGGACAUGCCCAACUGAAUUCAGGUCCUUUGAGUCAAAAAAUCCUCUGCUGCACAUUUUAAGUGUUACUGUUUCUGCUUAUUAAUGUUGGAAACAAAAAUUGUGCAAUUUGUGCAAUUGGAGAAUCUUGCCUUUUUUCUUGGCUUCCCCCAAAAAUACAAACCAACAGAAACUUAUGCACGCAUCAAAAUGUACUAAUGGGUACUCUGAACUCAUUAGCGUUGACAUCUGCAACAUGGAGGCAACAGGGAAAAAAAAAAAUCUUUCAUCUUUUUUUCCAGUAGAAAAUAGUUUGUGAAAUGAUGAGGGCAUUUUAUCUGCUUGCUGUGACCAGCGUGUGUACACAUAAACCUUAACAAGACUACAAUAUAUUCCAGAAGGAAAUCAUUUAGUCAUGAACUAAAUAACAAAAACCAGAACUUCAAAUACUAUGGUCUUUAAUAUUAGACCAGAUUUAGUAGCUCCAUAUCUAAGAUUUUUCUACCUACCCCUCUUCAGUACAGGGAUGGCUGGCUGCUCAAUACACUCCUCCUCCCCUAUUUCCUUCCUUUAAGCUGUGUACAGUGAAAAUUGUCUUUACUGUAAUUUUGUUCUCUGGUAAUGUAAUAAGCAUGAUGGUGCCUUCUAUUAAUACAUCAUUCCAGUCUUGCUGGUAAUUUUGUACAGUAUAGUGUAUGAAUUGCUGUGCUACAAAGCCAAACAGCUGCAAAAACGUUGAAAAAUCAUUGAAGUGUAUAAAAAUUGCAGUAUCUUUAAAAUCAGUAAAAUUGACUAGCAUAUUAUUUACCUUGUCCUUUGGUUAACAAUUUUGUGUUCUGUGUGGGAGGAAGUGUUGGGGACAGGAAGAAGGAAGUAGUUGGUUACUUAAGUCUCUUGUUGACUUUUCUGUUAGCAUAAAUGUGAACAUUAAGAGGUGCUUGGAAAAGUCAAUUAACUUGAUGUACAUUUUAGUGGUAUUUUAAAAGCAGAUUCCAUUAGUGACAAGUAAACCUGAAGUGAGGAUACUGCAAUUUUCAGAGAAGAUAACAGCAGCUCCUAAGUGUUUGUGUUUUCUAUUUGGGGGACAGGGAACUGUCAUUCAUUUUGCACAAUUCUUGAACUGAUGUCAGCACCCAAGUGGCUCUGAAUUUUAAGUCUGGGACGACAUCUUUUAUUUUUACAUGAAUCUCUAAACAAUUCUGUGAGCAAGUUUGUAGCUGCUGGAUUAUGUCUGUCUUUAAAGCAAGUUCAGUAAACCGCAACUAUGGCAAAGGAUACCCAAUGUUAUGCUUGGAACAUUCAGUACGUACUAGUUCUGAUGUUUCAGGCUAGGAGUGGGAUAAGUAAGUGUGGCCACUUAAUGCUGCUUGUUGGCACGGAAGACUUCUCCAUCCUAUCUUAGUAAAAAAGAAAUUGCACUUGACAUGGUAGCAAACGUUCCGAAUUAUAAAGCUGUUUGCAAUUUAGUAGACUAUAUAGAUAUUUUUUUCCAUUCUUGUACUGGGCAAUAUAAAAUUAGGUCUGUCUUUCCCCUUGAAAGAGGUCUUCCAUGUUUUAAGGAAAAGUCUUGCAAUACUGCAUAUAUUUUUGGGACACAGAUUUCUGAGUUUUCGUUUCUGGGGGGAGGGACUUAGGAAUUUCCUGUUUGAAACAGUUUUACACUUUCUAAUGUAUAGUACUUGAAGUUUUUACUAGAUAAUUACUUUAGAGUUUUAAAGCCUUUAUUUAAACUACUUUAAGUAAGUGGUUUAUUGUCAGUGUUGGUUUUUUUUUUUCCCUUCCCAUUUUUUU